UCGUAUAUAAUCACCGAACUGCAGUCGGUUGUAGGCUAUCAUAUUGAGUUUUGUACUUUUGAAAGAAAAUAUAAACCACUGCAAUCAUUAGCGUGCGAGGAUCGAUAGCUGAGGGGUGGGGUGGAGGGGCAGGCUCAUAUUCAUAUAUACAUGACAUGCACCAUUAAGUUCUUUUGAACUUAAUUGUUCUCAAACGAUUAUAACGUGCAUGUAUGAAUACGCCCCCCCUUUUCAUUAUCGAUCUUCCCGCGCCCAUGACUGCUAUAAAAAUGAUCAACUACCUGCACAACAGGAAACUCAAACUUCGGUCGAUGGAAGGCAAAAAUUUUCCGAAAAAAAUCGCGCAAAAUCGUCAAAGAACAAAGAAGAGAAAAACUUAAGGAAUAAGAAACGAACGGAUCAAAAACAAAAGAUUAGAGCAGAUCGAAAGCUGAAAACAAGGCAAAAAAAGUUGCAAGACACAACAGUAAACUCAACAAUCGAAAAGGAAAAGAGUUCGAAAGUUGCGAAAAAGGAUAAUGAAGACAAAAGCAACAAAGACAAGGAAAACAAGAUUUCAAAUGACUCAGAAAUGGAUGCAGUAGACGUUGGACAACUAAAGAAACUGCUGUAUACAAGUGUUGAAGCUCAUUACAACAGACAGCAAGAUACACCACAACCACCUUAUCAAGGUUACCGACAACAGGAUACUGGCUCACAGCACUACGAAAACCGCAAUUACGGUGCACAUGGUUAUGAUCAACCCAGUUACACUCACCAGACGUAUGGAAGCGAUUUGCCACCACCUUCACCGUAUCAAACCACGUGUCCAGGACAGUGCAGCAGUCAGUGUGCCCCAGCGUGUAGAGAUCCAUGUUGCCGUUUCCCUUCCAAUAUGGGCGUAUACUCCCCAAUUGCAAAAACUGGUGAAGUACGUGGAUCUUAUCAACAAGAUUUGAUCAAUGCCUAUCCCCCAAUGAUCCAACUUGGAGGUAGUCAAGGCAACUAUCAAUCGCGAGGUUUUUUUCAACAGCAGUGCGACCCACAAUGCUCGCCCGAAUCUUGCGCGCCGUCAUGUAACCCAUCAUGCUGUGCGAGUAAAGAUCAACAGGUGCAACCAGGUCUGCCAAAUAGUGGAUGUCAAAUGUCUUGUUUAAAUGAUUGUGUAGGAUCGUGUCCAGCUCGAUGCUGUGUCCCCGGGAAAUAAACGCUUCUAGGGUGGUACAACAGCACAAGCUAGAGCGCUGAUGAAAAACAGCCGAUGAAUACAAACUAAAUUUUAAAUUUUCUGACAUAACGGCAAGAUCCACUUCUGACGUCAAAUUAUUCAACUGACGGAUUCAUCAAAAACGAAAAAUGAAAAGUCAAACCGGCACUUCUGCUUUUCAUGCGUUGGAGACACACACAAAAGUUCGAUGGUUGAAACGGAUUUAAGACUAUAUUUGCUAUACUUAUUCGCUUUGUCAAAUAUACACAGCAAUUGGAAAAGUACAUCAUAAAAAUAGAAGUAGACAGCUAUCGUCAGUGUCAUACAGCAACUAAAAUUACACUUGUAAUAGUUUAUGUCAAACAGCAGUACACACCUUUUUUAAGAUGUCUGCAUAGUAUUUGUUCGUUAAACAUACUUUGAAAAUUCCAUA